UGUAGCAAAAUUAUCAAACAAAUUAUAAAACAAAAUAAGUUAAGGAAAAAAAUGGAGAGAAAUAGUGUUUUAGUUAGUGUUGUGGUGUGCCUAGCAUUAGCAGUUAGCUGUGCAGCACAAAGUGCAAGUAAUGUAAGGGCAACUUACCAUCUCUACAAUCCACAAAACAUUGGGUGGAAUUAUCUUACGGCAAGUGUGUAUUGUGCAACAUGGGACGCUAACCAGCCCUUGUCUUGGCGCCAACGUUAUGGUUGGACCGCCUUCUGUGGCCCUGCUGGUCCUCGCGGUCAAGCUUCUUGUGGCAAAUGUCUUAGGGUAACGAACAUGGCAACUGGAGCUGCAACAACAGUGAGAAUAGUUGAUCAGUGCAGCAACGGAGGGUUAGACCUUGAUGUUAACGUGUUUAAUCAAAUUGACACCAACCGUCAAGGCCAUGCUCAAGGCCACCUUCGAGUUAAUUACCAAUUUGUUAGUUGCUAAUCACACUAACUCGCUAAUGACUUUAUAUAUAUAUAUAUAUAUAUAGAGAGAGUCAUUAUGUUCCAUGUAAUAAUUCAAAACUUGCUAUAAGCUUUGAUCGUUCACCCCGUCACCCGUACGUGUACCAGCUACAUGAAAUGAAUAAAGAACAUCUCAUAACAUAAUUUAUCCUGCCUGA